AUGGCCGCGGCCUUGAGCAUUCGCGUUCGGCCAGCGCUGCUGCAUCUUUCAGAGUUCAUGGCCGUUGAGCAUCAGUGUCCACAAUGCCACGCAAAGUUCCAUCAGCCUUCUAUGCUUCGACGACAUAUGGAAACCCAUAUGAUCACUGGCGAUUGGCUGUGUGGAUUAUGCAACGUGCUCAGUACUCGUUUAACGGCUCUAAAACUGCAUUGGAAACAAUCAUGUCCGGAAAUGAAAGAAGUUUUUUGCAAUGAAGAGCGAAAGGCAAUGUCCUACGAAGAAAUACAAGAAGCUGCAUUUCGAUUAACCCUCGAUCAAUAUUCAUACGAAACUGGGAUAAAUUAUCAAGAGCCUGGUCCUAGUAACAGGCCUCUCUUCGAUCAAAAGUCAACACCGUCCGUUUGUAUCUAUUGCAAUCUACAUCUGCCACGAGGAACGUUGAACAUGCAUUAUGGGGUUCAUACAAAUCAAAACAGACCGGGACAGUUUUCUCAAAGCUUACCAGUGGCGUACGUAUGUGAUCUUUGUGGAUGUGGAUUUCGGUUUAAGAAGUCUCUGUAUCAUCACUGGAGACACAGUUGCGCUGAAUUGAUAGCACAUUGUCCGCCACACGGAAUGACGAUUGAUAAUCGACAGUUGAGGAAAAUGGUGGAAGAUUUGGUGAAACAGUCUGAAGUUGUUGCUCCAUACGAAAUAAUAAAGCAUAAUGAAGAACGCGAAAAGGCGUAUGAUGAUGAAGCAGGCGACGACGAAGAUGAAGAGACAAAACUCUCAUUUACAUCACGGAUAAUCCCUCCUGCAAAUCGGGAUCGCCAUCUCUGGAAUGUGGGAAAUCAUCAAACCCAUCACAGUUGCUCUCAGUGUAAUAGGCGGUUCCAUUCUAUCGGUAGACUAGAUCAUCACAUCAACGUUUUUCACGAUGCCAAAAAAGCCAUAAUUCAAUGUGAACUGUGUCAAGUGAGAUGCUCAUCGAAUCGGACAUUGAUGAUGCAUCUUCGAGAGAAUUGUCGAGCAACGAAAAUCGAGGUACCGGAUGAUGUGAAACGAAAGAAAAUGACAAGGGAAGAAAUGCGAGUAGUCAUUACGAAUGCCAAAGAGAGAUGGAACGAGUUGUUUGCGAAGAAGAAAGCAGACAAUAUCAAGUUCAUCUCAGAAUUUCUCAAUGAUCUCGACAAGAAAAAGCCACGUGUCAUAGAAGAAGUUGUACAUCAUACUCCUAUCCUGGAUGUUCCAGUGCCUCAUACUUCUUUUGUAGUUGAUUCAGUCAAUCAUUCUCAUAUAUGUGUUGUCUGCAAAAUCAAGUUCAAUUCCGCUCGAUUUCUCUACCAACACGAACAGCUUGUCCAUUCUCGGAACCAAUUAACAAUCACUGCCAGCUCGCUUCUUCCAUACUUCAAACUUCCUGAAGCAUUGUUUUAUGAUUCAAAUGGGAACAAGUAUCGAAUGGGAAAAUUCGUUGAAAAGGGACAAGACUUUGCAAAGCACCUAAAAACUCGAGUGAUUACUGCCGGGACGAAAUUGGACAAAGUCGAAGAGAAUGACUUUUUUGUAGUCCGAUUGGUCGGAAACAGUGGCCACCUUAUUCUUCUAAACCAUGUGGAAUUGCUUGAUUUAUGUGGAGCGGAUAGAAAAUUGAAGCGAUUGUUCAGUGAUAAUCCAAAGGAAUAUGAUGAUAUUCCAGUGCUGGUGAAAGAAGUUUAA